AUGAAACGCAUGGGAGACUUGAAGCAGGAGUCCUCACAGAUACUGACCAUUUUCGCACAGAUUAUAGAAUUUUCCCAUGGGCAGGCCCAGGAUACCAAGUACCUGCACCUGAGAUGCCUUGACUUCCAUGAUGUUGAAUGCGAAGAGCAGCCGCACGUUGUUCCUCUGUACGAGGCUCGCCCGACGUCACCCUCGAGCAAUACGGUCCGGGUGCUGACUUCACGGCCGGAGCCGCCACCCGUCUACUGGUCGACCAAUCCGCUGGCAGGGCCCGAGCAUGAUGGGGACAAGCUGUUCUUCCGUCGGACGAGAAAGUACGCUGUCGGCGACGCCGUGGACGCAUUCGUUAAUAUUUGCUGGUGGGAGGUGCACAUCACCGCCUUGAACGGUCAGGAAGCGCAGGUGGAAGCGAAGCAGCCUCCUGAGGGUGAAGGCGUAGCUACCUCCGUGAGCUUCGAGGAUCUGCGGCCGACGCUCGUCUGGGAGAAUGACACGUGGACGCUUCCCACAAACACGAAUGGUCUACCCCCGCUCGGAGUUUUUGAAGUUGUGCCCGGUAGGUCCCCGCUGCCGCCCGGUUCCCGGCCCCGGUCUGCGAAGUCCGAUCGGCGGGUUGAAGAGACGGACCCCUUUCCCAGCAUGGCCGAGGAAGACAUUCGGCAAGGGUUUGAGACGCUACUCGGAAGCGUAGACCGGGGAUGUGAACCGGCCGUGGAGCAGCUAGGAUUUCGAGGGUUCUCCAAGCAGUCCCCGACAAGACCGCAAAGUACCGGAAGCCGCAGCGCGCCCGCGCGCACACGCGCGCUCUCAGACUGCGCGAAUGACGACACCGGAAGCGAAGAGGAAGACCCCGUCUGGGAGCCUGGAGGGAAAGGCUCAGGCCGGAACGGGAAGGGAAGUCGCGGCACCAGGAUCCGGAACGGUUUGGGGCUGAGCGGAACAGCGGAUCGGCCGUCGUCUGGACCACAAAGCGGCCGGCCGAACGUCAGGCCCGAGCGUCAAGAGCAGCAAACGAAGAAGCAGGAUGCGAUGGCGGCUGAAAAGGCGGGCAGGCUUCUUCAAGACCUGCUAGGGAGAUGGGAGAGCGUGUCGGUUGAAUCCGCCCGGCGCGCCUCCGAGCAGCUGAACAGGUGGACCCCCGGUGAAAGCGCGUUGCGGAGUCGGUGCGUGGAUGUACGGGCGUGGUACAGGGCCAAGUUUGAGAAGAUGCUCCAAAAAGGGCGGCGUUUUGUUCGGUACCAGGGCCCAAACAAAUUGGAGUACACGUGGCAGCGCUGGGAGCGGCGACACGUGUCCGUCGAAGAAUGGCCACCGGAGAAAAGCACGGAGCAACGAGAGGGGGACAAAGAAAACGAGAGCGGAACGGUGGGGCCAUUGUUUGGAACCGUUGCUAAAGUCACGCAGGGGAAGGCUCGCGCAGCGCAAAAGCGCGUGCAACGCGCGCGCGAUCUCCAGCUCCAUCUCCCCAAAUCUGAGACGACUCCCACGCGAGAUUCUUCUCUGGGUGCCCCUCCUCCCUCCGAGAGCGUCAAAGGACCGAACAAUAGCCGCUUUCUUUCUACCGACCGACUCCCAGUUGCUGGACUACCGGGGCCCCUCUCGGAUCCGCGCCGGCGGGUUGCACAGCCCGCGAUGCUACCCGGUACCCAGCCUCCGGUUGCAAAGCUGGCAGCUGCCUCAACCCCUGAACUCCUGAAUCCUCUCCCGCUUCAUAGUAAAUCCGGGGAGUCUGAGAAAGAACCUUCAAACGAGACUGGCAUCCAUCGAGUAGAGGGUGGCUUCCUAAUCCGGGUGGAGCCAUGCCUGUUCCGGUCGGAAGCGGAAGUCGGGGUAGGGGCGGAAGCGGAAGCUGAAGGAGAAGAUGGAGCAAUGGAGACUUCGGAACCGAGACCUGCAGAGCAAUUGAAAGCCCAAGUGGAAGUGCGAGCGGGUGCUUCCUUGAGAACAGAGGUGGAUUCGCCGACGGAAGCUCCGGCGCCUUCUGAGAGGCCCUCUCCGGCUCAAGCAACGGGUGACCAUCGGUCAUACACUUCAGAAAGGUGUGAACAAGACCCGGAUGCGACCGAAGCCGACUUCGUCAGCUGCCUGGAGCCGUCCGAGGCCGUCGAGUCCGCGCGCGCGUUGCUUGACACGUGGACGCCGGACGCGCUGGACGAGGCACGUGGGUUGUCCUACAUGGUGAACGGUUGGCUGCCGGACGAGGACAAGCUGAGCCCGGGGGAGGUUCCCAAUGGUUCCGGACGAAGCUGGAGCGACUGGUGGAAGCGGGGGAAAGCCGAAGAGAAGCGGACAGAAAAGCGGAAGCAGGAAAGGGGCCGGAAGCGGAACGGGGUGUGGAAGUGGACGGCAGAGGGGAAAAGGAACAGGAAGUGUUUGCCACAAGGGAGCAGCCUUGUAGAUUCAGCUGAAAGUCCUGAUACGCAUUCCAAGCGCAUGAAGAGAGCCAAACCGAUGGAGGUUGUGCGUGUUAGCGAGAGGGUGGAGAUGCUCAGGAAAAUCGAAGACGUUCCGCUUGCUAAGUGGUUCGGCUUCAGGAAGGCCGGAGAGUCUGUGACUGAAGCAGAUUGGGGUGCGGCUGAAGGGUUGGAGGCCUUGGAUGCGGGCAAAGGUGGGGACGGAGAGAUGAUCCCAACGGAUGCGGCUUGGCUUCAAGAAAGUGCCGCGCGAGCGGAGUACGCACCGGAACACGUUCCGGCGGAAAAGCAGAGUCCGGUCGGUGACGUGGCAGGGGCGGACCGUGACGGCUUUCGCAAGCGUCUCCUGCGCAACGUCUGCGCGCUCGCCAACGAACGCCGCGAGCGGAAGGCGGAAGCGCUGAGCAGAAUGCAGUUCCGGCCCCGGAAUCCGGUCUUCGCGGGAGCCUUCAACGCGCACCACGCGGCCGCGCUGCUCGAGGCGGUGGAACGCGCUGUGCUUCCGGACCUGUUGCGGAACGCUGCAAUGGGCCGAUUUGAGGUGGGGCGGAACGCGAGACGGAGGAUGCCGGAGGGAUGGUGCGAAGCAGUGGUCGGUGAGGCUCGGUACCGGGGCGCGUCUAGGCAGCCAGCUGCAGCGAACAACGAAGAGCGCCCGAAUGGGCCCACACUCACAGGGCCGGAGAAAGUGAAGGUCCGGAACUUCGUCGCGGAGCUGACGCAGGAGGUUGUUGCGAUGCUUCAAAUCAUGCGAGAGGUCCCAUCCCAAGCUGCUCCGCCGAAUGGCGACGGAACGACUUUCAGGCCCGGCCUUUCUAGCGGAAACGGAACGAGAAGCGAGGGGGCUGGGGAGCUGUACAGGGCCGCCUGUGCGAUCUUAGCGAGUGCACGGGUUCCGGACGAUUCCGGAAGGGUAGACCUGACCCGCCUGCAAAGCGCGGUGCGCCCGGUGUUCCGCUCCAGCGUACGCUGGUUCAGAAGCGCCCUCGAAGACCUCAGAGGGUACUCCGCCGGAUCAAACCCUGCGGCAGGCGGUGCGCGCCUCGGAGUUUACGCUGCUGGGCCAAACCCUCCGGCGGGCGUCCUCGCGGCCGCGCCUGUGCGUUUUGAAGAUCCCUCCACUGGGCCAAACCCUCCGACUGGCGGCCCCGCCGCCGCGCCUCCGCGCGACUGGGAGGGAGAGUUCGAAGCCGCGCCGAACGUGCCGAACCUUCUGGGCCUGCUAGCCUGCUUCGACCGAUCGUAUGCCGCGCUCCUGGGCGCGCGUGCGGUUGCCGUCAACCGGGCGGUCGCGCGCUCCCUGGAGAGAUGGAAGACGCGCAGCAGGGACGAGCCGAACGGGGAGGAGCGCCCCGUGAAGAAAGGGCGGGGCCCGAACGGAGAAGCGGGCGACGUGCGUCAGGAGACGGGUGGCGUGGUCAGGGAGCUGCCGGAGGGUGUCCGGUUUGUUGCCGCGGGCGUCCGAAAAGCUGCGCGGCCGUGUGUUCGCUCUGAGCGUGCGCGAGCAUUACCGCGAGACGAGAACCUUGGUGAGGCAAGUACUUCGGGGAGUUCUGCGGACGCAAAUGGAGCUCAAGACAGAAUAGUGACAAACGAAGAGAGACGGGGUGUUUUGGACGAGAGCCUGUCAAGAAAGAGGGCGAAGCAUGGAAUCCCCAGCCAAACUUCCGGUGUCGCGUUUCGCUCUGGAAGCCGCACUCGUCCGCUUGCGCCAGCUUCCUCUGAACAGGUCUCCUUGCAAGCCGCUCGUCCUGAUAACGUCCAAUUCAUUUGCGGACGUGGUAAUCCUGGAGGGAGCGGAGAAAGAAGCGGGGGGGCGGGGGAACUGUCGAGGGCCGCCUUUAGGAUCUUAGUGGGCGCACGCAUUCCGGCGGGUUCGGGCGGAAUCGGAAACGACUUGGCCCGCCUGCAAAGCACAAUGCGCCCGGUGUUCCGCUCCAGCGUGCGCUGGUUCAACGCCGCCCAGGAAGACCUCAGAGACUAUUCCGCCAGCCCAAACCCUUUACCUGGCGGCCCCGCGGCCGCGAUGGCGCGCGACUGGGAGGCCGACUUCGAAGCUGCGUCGAACGUGCCGAACCUCUUGGGCCUGCUCGACGACUUCGACCGGUCGUACGCCGCGCUCCUGAGCGCGCGCGCGGUUGCCGUCAACCGGGCGGUCGCGAGUUCUAUGGAGAGGUGGACGACGCGCAGCAGGGAAGAGCCAACCGGGGAGGAGCGCCCGGGGAAAAGAGUGCGCGCGCGCGGCCCAGACGGAGAAGCGGGCGAAUUGCCUCAGGAGACGGGUGGCGUGACCGGGGAGCUGCCGGGGGAUGCCCGGUUCGCUGCCCCGGUCGCUGCGGAAGCUGGGCGGCCAUUUGUGCGCUUCGAUCGUUCGCGCGCCGUUUCGGGCGCAAGGUCAACCGAGCGCAUCAGUGAGGCAGAUGUUCUGGGGGCUUUGUUCCGCCCAAGCUCCGGGUCCGCUCCGCUGGGUGCGAGCGGAGCUCCAAGCCAACACGGGUUUAACCGAGAGCGGCGGGAUGCGGGGCUGAAGUUGGAUCUGAGACGCGACAAACCAGCCGAGCAUUUUCAAGUCGAGGCGGCAAAGCCGUGCUGGGUUUCCGCUCUGAAUCCGGGGGGCAUGAGGAGUCAUGCGUACGGCGGUGAGGUGGAGCAAGAUCGGCGUCCGUCUACGUCAUGGCGCGACCCUUCGUUCCUCAAUACUUUGAGCCCUCCGACACUUGAAGUACCGAACUCCUGCGCGAGGACCGAAGUAGUGCCAGGGGUUUCACGAAACGUUCUCGCAACCGUACCCCUUCCCGGAGUUACGCACCCCGUCGAGUACCCCCCAGUCAGAUUUGGCAGCACCCCAGGUCCCUUUAGAGCGCCCUUAAUAGCAUCAGAUUACGCCAAUGAGCAGCGGGGGGGGGGAGCGGCCAAACAUGAAAACGCAAAAGCUGGACGAGCCCUGAAGCCUGCGGAACAUGGAGCGGAAAUUGAGAACAGGGCAAGCUGCAACCAAAGCGCGGUGUUCAAGACCAGGUAUCUCCAGACACCGCGCGCGCCCGCGCGCGCCUGGUUGCACAGCGGCGUCGCGCAGCGCGAGGGGGCCGAGCUGGCGGCCGCGCCGCAGCUGGCGAUGGAGCCCCUCGGGGCCGCGCGCGCGUCCGAGCCGCGGGGCUGGACUGCGAGCGCCCUCGAGCGGACGGAGCGGCUCGUUUCUGCGCGCGGAUAG